AUGACUGAGCACCUAAAAGACAAGGAUUACUCUCACUUUUGGUCUGUGCUGAAUGCAGAAUGGUUUAAGUGGUUCCCUGAAGAAGCGGUUAUGUUUCCCGACAUUCCCACUGAUUCUCUUUUGGCAGAGGAAAAUAUUGCAGUGGAUGAAGCUAAAACCAAGCACAAAACAAAAAAUUGCAGCCUGAAGAAGGAAUCAACAGUUUUCGAUGAUGCGCUACAGCCAAAAAGACGCCCCAAGUCUGAGGCCAAGAUAUACUCUGAUAUCUACUAUGACAAGUGCAUCAAGCCAUUGGUGAAGGCUGAAGAAGAGGUUGGGAAUUUGCUGGAAGAUGAAGAUGACAAUGUCAAAGCUCAGGUCCACAAAAUGUACAAGCGGCAGCAGAGAACUCAUGAGAAGGCUGCCAAAAAGAAUGUUUUGGAUGAUGAUGAGGAAGGUGGCUGUGUGCUUGAUGCAGAGGCAAUCAUGUGGGGUGUAGAUGACUUACCAAUUAUCUGCCAGCAAUUUGUGCACCUCAUCAAGAAGAAGACGGCCUCUGAUAAGCACAAGCUUGAGUUCACUGUAGGGCAUGAGGAUGGGGUGGUGUCGCAAGCAGACUCUGAUUAUGGGAAACACAAAGAGUGCAAUGAGACAUUUGAGACAGAUAAUGAAGAGGAACCCAAAGGGCAUAAUGAGACUGAAGAGGCAGAGCAGCAAGAUAGCUCUGAAGAUGGGAGUGCUGGAAUGAUGGAUGUUGUACUGCCUCAUCCCCCUCAACCACUCCCAGUACUACCUUAUCCUACUACUUCAGAGGGUACAUCCAAUAAUUCUAUCGCUCUCUCUGCCAAGCCCAGUGUGGAACCUGUCGCUACAAAGUCAACUACCUGCAAGGCUGUCCCCAAGCCAAAGGCUGCCACCAAGCCCAAAGGCCAUGUUAAGUCUACUGAGAAUCACACUGUCUCCCAGCCAUCUGGCAAACCCACAUCAGCUAAGUUGAGUCCAUCAGGUAAUGCGGCUUCAGGCAGCACCAGCUUGACAAGUGACUCCACAAAGACUGGAAGACGUACAUCCAAGCAUGUCCCAAUCAAGUCCAGGUGCUUCCAAGAAAAAGCGGGCAAAGGCCUAGUCCUUGUGCAGCUAGACCGCUGCAUCCUCUAUAUAUUCUUAGUCUCCUGA